GGCGAGCUUCUGCAAGGCUGCCGUGCUGUGCCUUUGCACCUUGAACCCCACCAGAAUCCCGGGAUUUCUCACCAAGGCACUGUCCCCCUCAACCCCCUUUUCCCGGAACACAAAACCCCCGCGGCUUUGCUCGCUCGAGCCCGAUGAGUGAUAGGAAAAAAAUGCAAAAUGGAGGGAGAAGCAACACCCUGAGGAAUCAUUCCUGAGGGCUCCCGUGUGGUUCAGGAGCUUCGAAAGUGAUUUGGUCACUUGAGGUGUGAGCGAUAAAACGAGAAAAUAAGUGACGCUAAAAACCAAAAGUUCUGUGAAAGCCAGUUCAGCUUCUCGGGCAAACCAAACCGCACAUGAAAACCUCCUGCGGUUUCGCUCGCGAAAGAACACGCGGAGGCUGCACAGAGGGGACCUGCGCUGGGACAGCCCCUUUUACCUCCUCUUCCUCGGUGUCCCGCCCCGCUGCUAUAAAAAUGCCCCCUCCCGCCCUGAGCUCUCCAUUCUGCCGACGCCGUGGUUUGGAGCGGCUGUCCCAGAGCGGUGUCGGGACGUGACCCACUCCGUGCCCGCUCCGCGCCCGCCCUGCGCCUCUGCGCUCUCCGCUCACGAUGCGCCGGCUCCGGCGGCGCUGCCUCCCUCUGCUGCUGCUGGUCACGGCAGCUACUUUGGGAACCAGUGCUGUCACACCGAGGAGCAGGGACAGCUUGGAUCUCCUGGAUCAAGGCUGGGGAGGGAAGGACGAUUACUACCUGGCGGCCAAUGGCCUCUCUUGCCAGAAGUGCCCUCCAGGCACCUACGUUGCAGAGGAGUGUAAGGAACAGAACAGCUCUGGCAAGUGUGUGCCCUGCGAAGAUGGGGAGUACAUGGAAUAUCCAAACGCCCUCCGGCAGUGCCGGGACUGCAGGAAGUGCAGGGAAGAUCAGGUGGAGGUGAAUGGCUGCCAGCCCAUCAGGAACACGGUGUGUGCCUGCAGGAACGGCACCUUCUGCCCACCCGACCACCCCUGCGAGAUGUGCCAGAAGUGCCAGCCCAGGUGUCCCGAGGGUCAAGUGGUGCUGAAACCCUGCACACCCUACAGUGACCUCCAGUGCGGUCCUGCCACGGACACCGGCUCCACCCACUCCUGGACCAUCCCAGUCGCGGUCGCGGUCGCGAUCCUUCUUCUGGCUGCAAUCUGCUUCUGGUGGUGCUGCUGCCGCUCCCCAGGGGAUGGGAGACGCUCGAGCAGGAGGCCCUACGAAAUGGUGACCUCCAUGUUCCGGAAGCUGCCGUGGUACACAGGGACAGAGGACAAUUCCAUCAACGAGCGCUUGCAGAGCCAGCAGCAGCACCCGGUGGCAGAGCCCUUGGUGCCGCAGAGUGGGAGUGAGAGACCCAAGAGGAAGCUGGUUCCAGCGCCAGAGACUGACCCCAAACGCGUGCUGCGGCUCUCCUUUUACAUCUUUGCCAAAAAGAUCCCCAUGGACAACUGGAGGAGAUUUGGCCGCAACCUGCACCUGGAGGAGAACGACAUCGUCCUGGACAGGACGGAGGACGCCUUCUACCAGAUGCUCUACAAGUGGCAGAAUAGGGAAGGCACCAAGGCCUCCGUGAACACGCUGCUGGAGACCCUGGACCAGCUGCACCUGGGUGGGGUGGCAGAGGACAUCUCCUCCACGCUGGUCAACAAUGGGACCUUUCAGUACGAAACGAGCUGAAGGGAGCGGGGCGGAACCUGCGCCUCCCUCCUUUGAGCUAAAUCCAUGAAAUACCUCCCAGAACACUUGAAUUUUAUCUGCUCAUAGCUCUGCUGUGGCUCCUCUCCUUCUGAAGCCAUCACAGAGUUCAGCUGAGCCAGGAGGAGCUGAUCCCUACACCAAGUACGAGCCUCGGGGUCCCCCCUCUGCUGGAGUUACAGGUUCGACGUUGGUGCUUCCUUGGUGACAUCCAAGCUGGUUUCUGGAUUUCACUGGGUCAGAGCGAAAAGUCUCAAAUCAUUUCAAGCUGCUCCUGGGACCACCUCGCUCGGAAGCGCCGGUACUACCCGGAUAUCCUCGGGAUCAGCGCAGAGAAGGACUUCGGCAGGGUUUGAGGCAAUCCCUGCGCUUUUUAAACUGGAUUGUCCUCGUUCCUCAAAGGAUUCCUGGCAUUAUGAAAUGGCUUCUGCUUCUAGAACGUCUCUGAGUAAGCUUCAUUCUGCAUGCUUGGUGGUUCUGCAAGCUCAGCUGGGGCCUCGAGUUACUUUCUGUGGACUAAGCUGUGUUUUACGUGGUUCUGAUUGCUCUUAGGAACCAGUUUGAAACUGGACUUGAAGGGGAGAGUGGGAACGAUUGACUUGCACUAUGAUCACUGGGGUUGCCUGAGGAAAGGGACAGUGCAGGGACGGUCCAGCCCAGCCCCUGCCAGGAGCAGGGAUGUCUUCCACUCCACCAGGUUGCUCCAAGCCCCGUCCAGCCUGACCUUGAAUGUUUCCUGGGAUGGGGCAGCUUAUCUGGGCAGCCUCUCUGCCAGUGUUUACCCACCCACAACAAUUUCGUUGUGAAAUCAUUCUUCCAAAUAUCUAAUCUAAUGUGACCCUCAUUCCGUUUGAAGCCAUUCCCGUGUCCUGGCACUCCAGGCCCUUGUCCAGAGUCCCUCUCCAGCUCUUCUGGAGCUCCUUU